UCAAAAAUAAAAAUAAAGAAAGAGAAGAAAAAAAGAAUUCUAGCGGUGUGGUGUGGAAGACACAUUCUCAGCAGACUAAGGUUGUAUCUUUGUAACCACAAGGAUUGAAAGGGAAUUGAAGGAGAAUAACUUUCUCACAAGGCGAUUCAAUGGUAUUUAGUGCUGUUUCUGUGUACCAUCAAAAAUCCUUACUACACACAGCAUAUUAUAACACCAUCUUCUUGUCCACAUGAGCCCAGAAAUUAGUCAUCAAAGCAGAAAAGUCUCUGAAACAUUGAUCUCCAAGAAAGUAGAUGAUAUCUGCUUUUUCAAUCUGACCAAAUUGAUACACUUGGUUAUGUUUGCAGGUUAAAGAGGAAAUGAUGGACAACAGAAGCAACUCUAGUCUGCCUGACAAACUUCCUAUGUUCUCCAAUUCUGCCUGCUUGCCAAUGACCAGGUCCUUCUAUUUGGAGCCCACGGUCACUUUCCACCUGCACCCGGAGGCCCCGGUGCUGCCCCCUUAUUCUGAGGAGCUGCCACUGCUGCCUUUUCCCAGUGACUCCCUCAUCAUGGGAAAUUAUGGUGAACCCUGCCCCUUCUCUUUCCCAAUGCCUUAUCCAAAUUACAGAAGGUGUGAGUACUCCUACGGACCGGCCUUCAUCCGGAAAAGGAACGAGCGGGAAAGGCAGCGGGUGAAAUGUGUCAAUGAAGGCUACGCCCAGCUCCGCCAUCAUCUGCCAGAGGAGUAUUUGGAGAAACGACUCAGCAAAGUGGAAACCCUCAGAGCUGCGAUCAAGUACAUUAACUACCUGCAGUCUCUUCUGUACCCUGAUAAAGCCGAGACCAAGAAUAACCCUGGAAAAUGUUCCUCCACUAUAGCAACCACCAGCCGCCAUGCUGACUCUAUGUUCAGAAUUGAGUCAGUAUUUCCAAAUAGAAAUGAAUAGUAUC